UGCAUGGUCACACAAUGUGACAGUCGCGAUGGCUGGGAAUGGGAGUGAGCUGCGCUUCGCGGAAACCUAUCUUCAGGUUCAAUUCGUCUCGAAAAACUAACUUUUCUUGCUCAAAUUUGGCGGCGAAUCCACGUGUGAAGUUUGAAUGAAUAACUUGGCCUGGCUGCGUUUAAAAGAGUUUGGUAAACUGGCAGAGGUGCCAGGAUUUGGUGAAGUAGGGAGGGCACCAGCUUCCCUGGGAGGUCUGUAGGCUAUCCGACGCACUCAAUAUGGCACCAAUGGCAGAUGGAUAUUGCUUUCCAUAUUUAAAUUGGGCAUCUCCUGUCUAAGGUGUCAUAUUUAUUCUGAACCCUAGUCGAUGGAUUUAUUACCCUCAAUACAAGAACAUUUGAGUAUGUUCCAACUAUUUUAUGUUUCUGCUUGCGUUUUGCUUUUGGUGUGAAUAGUAGAUUGAUAGGCCUCUACUGGCAAGUUCAUGUGCACAAAGCUAACCAAGCACUAUACAUAUAUAACAAAUAAAAUACUAUCUUAUUUGUCACAUGUGCGGAAUACAACAGGUGUAGACCUUACAGUGAAAUGCUUACUUACAAGCCCUUAACCAACAAUGCAGUUUUAAGAAAAUACCUCCAAAAAAUUAUGAGUAUUUGGCUUCAUUCUCCUAUAUUCAACAGUAUUUUUUGUGACUAGGGCUGGUAAAUGUUGUGCAAUGUCUUAGUUUCAAAAGUAUUUUUCAGAGGUUAGUUAAAAAUCAUUCUCAUAGCUUGUUUUUGAGGAUCACAUAUGGGGAAAGUGUAAUCUGAUUAUUCUGUUUGGUUUUAACUUGUACAGUAUGACAGUAUACAUUGUUAGAUGUAGCUUAGUCAAUAUAUGUAAUUAGCUUAGUCAAUAUAUGUAAUUGUGAAUAUGGUGUCUUUGCAUUUAUUGGCUGCAAUAUCUUAUAUAAUUGACCAUUAAAUUGCCAUGAAAAUAGCACAAUAUUUUUUACAAGUGUGUUACAGAUGUAUUAGAUUUAGCUAAUGAUUUAUCAGCAUGUUAAAAGAGGCCUAUAGCUGCCCCUGUUCUCAAUGAAAAUGUCAUUCUGUACAUCACAGGAUAUAAAGGCCUAUUAGAUGUUGAAGAUUGUAUGUUAUAUCUUGGACUUGACACCUAAGGCUCUGUUGGAUCUGUAACAGUGGGAGUCGUGUGUGUCAGGGCCUACACACCGCAGUCCAACCUCUGCUCACUGCUGUUUUUGAACAUUAUAAUGUUGAUCUCAGCAAAUGCCUGCUGGGCAGUGGAGCGAGCAGGUGAGAGAGAGAGAAAGAGAGAGGGAGUGCGUGUGUGUGUGUGUGUGUGUGUGUGUGUGUGUGUGUAUGUGUGACAGUGACCAAGAGAAAGAUUUAGAGAGAGAGAACAGGAGAGUGAAAGAGUGUUAGCAUAAAUGUCAGGUUCAUAGUUAAUGCUAAAUAGUGAAAUAGGGGGCUUCACAAAAUUCUGUGGCAUUACAGAACAUUUCUAUACCGUUCACUUGCUUUGACCGAUUGUUCGAUUAAAACAAUUGAUUUAGCAGUUAACGCCAAUGAAUUCUUCAAGGCCAUUUUAUGGAAGUAAUUUUAAUAAGCGCUUAAUGCGUUGUGCCGAUGUGAAGUGUGAUUAACUCUUUGUAUGUUUGUGGGUGACGCGACCAUUACUUGCUCUCUCUAGGUUUGUAGUGUUUCUCUGUCCUUUAUCCCCCUGCAGUUUAUGCUGGGGUAUUCAUGCUUUAUGUUACAUGGUAUCACUUUAACAGGUAACUGACAAUCUCUUUCCCCCUCUCUAUCUUUUCAUCCCGUCAUCCUUCUCUCCUCCCUCUGUUCACUCCAGACUGUACUUUCUCCCUAGGCUAGAAAUCUUGAAGCAUGGGUGACUGGAGCUUUCUGGGGCGUCUGUUGGAGAAUGCACAGGAACACUCAACAGUAAUCGGCAAGGUCUGGCUGACUGUCCUCUUCAUCUUUAGGAUCCUGGUGCUGGGAGCGGCAGCCGAGGACGUGUGGGGCGACGAGCAGUCUGACUUCACCUGCAACACACAGCAGCCUGGGUGUGAGAACGUCUGCUAUGAUGAGGCUUUCCCCAUCUCGCACAUCCGCUUCUGGGUGCUGCAGAUCAUCUUUGUGUCCACGCCCACCCUCAUCUACCUGGGUCACGUACUGCACAUCGUCCGCAUGGAGGAGAAGCGGAAAGAGAAGGAAGAGGAGCUGCGAAAGGCCAACAGACUCCAGGAGGAAAAGGAACUCCUUUACAAUGAAGGAGGGGAUGCAGGGGGAGGAGGAGGUGGUAAAAAAGAGAAGCCACCUAUCAGGGAUGAGCAUGGCAAGAUCCGCAUUAGGGGUGCCCUGCUGCGCACCUAUGUGUUCAACAUCAUUUUCAAGACCCUUUUUGAAGUGGGGUUCAUUUUAGGUCAAUAUUUUCUUUAUGGCUUCCAGCUGAGGCCGCUAUACAAGUGUGCACGGUGGCCCUGCCCCAACACUGUGGACUGCUUCAUAUCUAGGCCCACUGAAAAGACGAUUUUCAUCAUAUUUAUGCUUGUGGUGGCUUGCGUGUCUCUUUUGCUGAAUUUGUUAGAGAUCUAUCACCUUGGGUGGAAGAAAGUUAAACAGGGAAUGGCCACCCCUGAUCAUGUGUUGUUGCCCCGCUCUAAUGGUGUGGGGCCGGAGUCCAUAACUUCUGCCUCCAGAACUGCCCUUCCCAACCUCAGCUACCCACCGACGUACACGGACGUGACAGCUGGGAGUGGUGCGUUCCUGCGGCCCAAGGUAGAGGCCUCCCCGGCAGAGUUCAAGAUGGACCCCCUGCAGGAGGGGCCCUCGUCCUCCUACUACAUGAGCAGCAACAACAACCAAAGGCUGACCACGCAGCAGAACUGGGCCAACCUGGCCACCGAGCAGCAGACUCGGGAGAUGAAGGCCACAUCCCCCUCGUUCUCCCCUUCCUCCGCACCCUCCUCUGAUAGUAAGCAGCAGCCUUGUAAUGCUGCUCCCCCCACCACCACCAGCCCCAGCUCCAGUGGGGGCAGUUUGAGUGGGGGGAAUGUUGAUCAGGAGGAAGGCCACGUCACCACCACAGUGGAAAUGCAUGAGCCCCCCAUCAUGGUCACAGACCCUCGCCGACUCAGCAGGGCCAGCAAGAGCAGCAGCAUCAGAGCCAGGCCCAACGACUUGGCAGUAUAGUCAGUCCCCCUAAAUACACCAACCUUCUAAAGUCCUCCCAAUCACCCCAAUAAUAAUAAUAAUUGGAGGCAAUGUGAGGAAAGGGUCUGGGAUCUGGAGUUGUUGCCUAAUAUAUAUAUUAACAGCAGUUAAUAUCAGUGCAAUUGGUGAGUUGUAGCAUAUGCAUUAUGAUACAAAAACAUGUGCAGUGUGAUUGUGCAAUGUGCGUUAAAAUGGUCUCACAGGCCGAAGGCUUCAAUAUACUGGACAUCAGGGGACUUUAGGGUUCUCAUUCCAGUUUAAAAUGGCCAAGUAACUUUUUUGUUUGAAUUCGGUUUCAAUGGCCUGGUAUGUGUCAAUGUGCUCUUGUCAACAGUGGUUGUUGUUGUUGUGUUUAUUUGAUGAACAUAAAAGCCUAUUUAUUCCAAUUAGGAAUGAUACUGUACAUUCAUCAAGUUGUUGAGUUCGAUUGGCAAAUUGCUGAGAACCAAUUUCGAAUAAAACUGUAAUGUGGAACAAGUACAGGGUGUUUUGAGACUAGUUGUUUGUUUAGUAUAUUUUCUCUUUUGCUGUUAUAGAAGUUGAACCUUUCUUAAAGAUCCAAGGCAGCCGUUUUUAUCUCAAUAUCAAAUUAUUAUUAACAACCUGUGAUUUUUUUCAAUUAAAAUGGUGAAGAAAAAAAAUUUGCUUCUUAGCAAAGAGCAAAUUCU